ACUCUCUGACGUGGACAACACUUAGGAAAAUUAAGGUAUAAAUGUGAGAGCACCACAGUAGCUGGAGCAGAUGCCUGAGGUCAGUGGGACCCGAGCAGUGCCUCAGACGGAGAGGGACACCUGUCACAUUGGAGGAAGGAUGCCACUCUGGGUGUUCUUUGUGAUCCUCACCCUCACCAGUGGCUCCCGCUGUUCACCGUCCCCAACACUGCCCUUCAGGAUGCGGCGAUAUGCAGAUGCCAUCUUCACCAACAGCUACAGGAAAGUUCUGGGCCAGUUGUCUGCCCGCAAACUGCUCCAGGACAUCAUGAGCAGGCAGCAAGGGGAGAGGAGCCAGGAACAAGGAACCAGGGUAAGGCUUGGCCGUCAGGUGGACAGCAUGUGGGCAGACCACAGGCAGAUGUCGCUGGAGAGCCUCUUGGUAGCCCUGCUGCGGAAGCACAGGGAUUCCCAAGGAUGAAGCCUUCAGCAGAGGCUCAAGCCACCCAUACCUCAAACACAACUGGACCCAGUUACUUCUGUUGCAUUUCUGACCCUCUCCUUUCUGUAAAUACAAUAAACCCC